CUCCGCAAUCGUCGAGCCAUUCGCAACUAGAAACCCUAGCCAUCUACCCACGCCGCCGCCGUUCCCCUCCGGCAACCAUGGCUGGGAUGGCAUCACGCUGCGAAGGCAAGACAACCGGCGACAAAGGCUACUGUAGUGUGAUUUAUUCACCCUAUCCACAGUCGUCGCCUCUUCCUCCUCGCCUGGCCGACCUGUUCCAACACUUUGGUCUGGACAAGAUCCGCGCGAUCAUGAACAGUUCUGAUGGUAAGACGUUCGAGCAAAAGAUCGACAAGUUACGAGAGGAAAUGAGUGCUUUCGAACGUGCUCGUGAUGUAUUCUACAUCGUCGAGGGCGAGGAUGGCGACGAGGACGACGAAGGCGACGAGGACGACGACGUGGAUGUGGACGAGUCGGAUAGAAAGCUCUUAGAUGAUGAAAAGAAACCCGAUAUCACGAAACGACCACACACUCCUAUUGGAGAUGAGGUGGAAUGCAAGAAGCCAAAGAUAGCAGAAGGCUCAAGGUGCCAAGGAGAAGAACCUGAGGCUGGAGGGAUAAAGAAUUCCUCCUGGUAGGUAGUGUUUUAUGUGUAUGAAAUU